AUGAAAUUCAGUCGAGCUAAAUUUGAAGAGCUCAACAUGGAUUAUUUUGAUCAGUGCAUGAAGACUCUAGAGACAUGUUUAAGUGAUGCAAAGAUGGAGAUUUCAUGGGUAAGCGAUGUGAUUCUUGUUGGUGGUUCAACUAGAAUACCAAAGAUCCAAUCUAUGUUGCAGAAACUUUUCUACUGGAAGGAGUUAUACAAGAGCCUAAACCCCGAUGAGGCUGUUGCAUAUGGCGCAGCAGUUUUGGGUGCAAAGUUAAGUAGUAACAGUGAUAAAAGGUGUAGAGAUUUAGUGUUAUUAGAUGUCACUCCUUUGUCCCUUGGUGUAGAAACACAAGGGGAAAGAUUUGAUGUGGUGAUCCCACGGAACACUCAGAUACCUAUGAAGAAAUCAAAAAUUUAUGUUACAUGCGCUGACAACCAAACUUUCGAGGAUAUGAAGGUGUAUCAAGGUGAAAGAGCUAGAUCUAAAGAUAACCAUUUAUUGGGGAUGUUGAAAGUUUCCGGAAUACCACCGGCUCCAAAAGGAGUUGCAAAACUCCAUGUGUGCCUUGAAAUAGAUGCAAAUGGUAUCAUCACAGUCACAGUGGAGAUAUUAUCAACCGGUAAGAUGAGUAAACUCAGGAUUACCAACGAAAAUGGAAGACUCUCCAAGGAAGAGAUUGAGAAGAUGAUUAAAGAUGCUGAGAAGUACAAACACAAGGAUGAAGAAUACAAUAAGAAAGUUAGUGCAUUCAAUGCUUUAGAGGAUUGCAUAUACAACAUGAAGACGAAGAUCAAAAAUAUGGCGUAUGGUGUGAGGUUGAAUGAAAUGGAGCACGUGAUUGCUGACACGACCAAGUGGACCGAGAACCACCAAGAUGCAUCUGUUGAUAAGGUUCAAGCAAUGAAGGAAUAUCUAGAGUCUAUAUGCAUGUGA